AUGGCUACAGUCCAGUUAGUGAAGGGGGCAGAGCACCAAGUACAGUGGAAAGGGCACCGAGCCGAGGAGGCGGGGCUUGGGCCUAAGCCGCGGGCUAUGGGCGGGGCUAGAGGCGUGGUCAUAAGGGGGCGGUGCUGCCGGCGAGGCCCGGAACACGCUAGUGGAGCGGAAGAUGGCGGCGGCAGCGGUGGCUGCAGCCGGGACCCUAGUCGGGCUGAGGCGGAGGAGCCGCCGGUUCUGACCUCGCUCUGGCUCCAGUGCGCGCGGCGGAGCGUGUGCGAGGCCCCGCGCGUCGGGCAAGGGCGGCGGCGGUAA